CGGAUUUCGCAGCCGCCCUGUGAGCCCUCCUCUGUCAACAACGACCUCAUCCACGGAUCCCUCCGCUCCAGCACCUGCACACUGCCCCCUCUACCCUCGGCCCUCUUCCUUGACCCCCGAGGGAUAUCUGCACGUGUCGCUGUUGACUCGCAGCAAUAAUGGAAGCAUCGGGGCUGCCACCCGGAUGGGAGGUCCGCCGCUCCAACACCAAGAACCUGCCCUACUACUUCUGCCCCGACACCAAGGAAUCGCGAUGGGAGCCCCCGGCCGACACAGACCCCGAGAAGCUGAAGCUGUUCAUGGCCAAGUUCCACAGCUCCAGAAACCUCAAUGCGGAGCGGCCGGGAGGGCAGGAGGGCAAGAUUCGCGCCGCACAUCUGCUGGUGAAACACUACGGCAGCCGACGACCUGCCAGCUGGCGCGAAGCCAAGAUUACCCGCACCAAGGAGGAGGCCAUGGCUAUCAUCCUGGGCCAUGAGGCCCGCAUUCGAGCUGGCGCCGUGUCGCUGGGAGACCUGGCCACGACCGAGUCCGACUGCAGCAGUGCGCGCAAGAGGGGCGACCUGGGCUUCUUCGGCCGUGGGGAUAUGCAGAAGGAGUUUGAGGAUGCCUCGUUCGCGCUCAAGCCGGGCGAGGUCAGCCAGGUGGUCGAGACAGCGUCGGGUCUGCACCUGAUAGAGAGGCUCGAGUAGGUCGUCGAGGGGGGUUAUUUCUGGCGUCUGGAUCAUUAUGCGCGGUCGUCCAAAUCGGUUUGGGGCCAUUCUGGGCUCAGAUAAAACGCAUGGCCCUCGACUGCACGAGGCGAAGAGGUUGGUCGACGUGGCUCGACAAGAUAAGCCUGCAAAUGGAAGAAGUGUUUCGACA